GAACACCCAUUUCAAAUAACGAAUCAAACCUUGUAUCUUGUAAUAACUCCAAAAGAUUAAAAAAAGAAAAAGAAAACAAUUGUUCAAUUUGUACAUUCAAGUGCAAAAAUAGGCUCCAAUGAAAAUCAGAAGAUGAAUCGUAAACGAUCUGAUGAAGUUAAUAACAAGGCUCUUGAAGAAAGACUGAGAUAUGCUGUUACAAAUGAUGAUCUCCAGACAGUUAAACGUUUAUUGAAGGGUGGUGUUGCUACUACAUCUCAAUAUUGGUUUGAUGGCAGCUUACUCCAUGAAGCUGUUGGUCGCAGUAGAGAGGAGAUGGUCAGACUCCUGAUUCAAGGAAAGGCUAAUGUUAAUGCAAAGUCGAAAGAUGGUAGAACUGCCCUACAUGUUGCUUGCAGAAUUGGUAAUGAAGCCAUUGUGGACCAGUUGAUUAAAGGGGGCGCUGACAUCAAUGCCAAGUCAAAGGACUAUCGUACAUGCCUCCAUGUGGCUGCCUGGAAGAACAAGGUUAACAUUGUCAAGAAGUUAGUGGAUGCAGGUGCUAAAGUCAAUGUUAAAGAUGAUGAUCUGUGGAUGCCUCUACAUUGGGCAGCAAAUCUAAAUGCUAUGGAAAGUGCUGAAUACCUCAUUAAAAAUGGUGCCAUAAUCAAUGCAGCUGAUAAGCGUGGAAAGUUACCUAUUCAUGAAGCUGCCGCUGGAAGUCAUACAGACAUAAUUAAAUUGCUCAUAAGACACGGCUCAAAUGUACAGACAAUAUCAAAGGAUGGGUCCAUCAUAUCUCUAUUUAGAAAUGACAUUCCAAAGGACAUCAUUCCUAUAGUGGUUGGUGCAGGAUUCAAUAUUCAACAAGACAAAUACAACUGGAAAUACAGGAACUUACACACUGAUAUAGAAAGGGAACAAAAAAACAAGAGCCUUGUGGAGAUAUGUAGAAUUGUAAUUAGGCGGAUACUUAUAAGAUGCAGUAGGGGACGUAGUAUCUUAAAUAGUAUAGAUGAACUUCCAUUACCUUUGACAGUUAAAGGAUUUGUCCAUCUAGAAGACCUCCUAGAUUCAACUGAAUGAUUUGUGAUUGUUCUUCAAUCUGAAUAUCCAAGUAUAAGUGCCAAAGUGCCUUUUUUGACUGGUUCCCAUUAUGACUUAUAACAGAAUGGAUGAACUACCAUAAGAGGUUGAUUUGUAUCCAAAUAUAUUGCUGUAAUAAUGUAUGCAUUCACACAGACAACUCUGUGCAUAUUGGUCGGCCUAAAAGAUGGUACUUGCCAUCCUGCUAUAAAUGCUGCC